GUCACGUAUGACACGUAUUCAAGAUGGCGGCCGCGGGGAUGGAGACGUGGUGGGCCUUGCUGCUCCUGACCCUGCUGCCCGCUGCUCGGCCCUUUUACGUCCCUGGAGUGGCUCCUCGAGACUUCAGAGAGGGAGAGAGCGUUGACAUCAAGGCAGUGAAGCUGACGAGCUCUAGGACCCAGCUGCCCUUUGAGUUCUACUCUCUGCCGUUCUGUGUCCCAGACCAGAUUGUCUACAAAGGAGAAAACCUCGGUGAGGUUUUGCGUGGGGACCGUAUCGUGAACACUUUGUAUAAUGUUCAGAUGACCAGUGAUAAAAAGUGUGAGCUGGUGUGUCCAAAGAAGAAACUGAGUGUGGAGGAGAGUAAACUGUUUGCAGAGAGGAUCAAGGAGGAGUACUACGUUCACCUAAUUGCAGAUAACCUUCCUGUGGCCACACGGCUGGAAUAUUAUCCAAACAGAGAGAUGGCAGAGGAGGAGAAGAAGGAGGCAGCCAAAGACAUUCAGUUUGAGCACGGAUACAGGAUCGGGUUCAUCGACAACGACAAGUAUUACCUGCACAACCACCUGUCGUUCAUCCUGUACUUCCACAGAGAGAAGCUGGAGGAGGGCGACACACACAACUACAGGGUGGUGCGCUUCGAGGUCGUGCCCCAGAGCGUCAAAGUCGAUGAUUUGAAGGCAGAUGAGAAGUCAGGGUCCUGCACAUUGCCAGAGGCCAGUGGGUCAGUUCCUCAGGAGAUUGACCCGACCAAAGAAAACGAAGUCCUUUUCACUUACUCCGUGCGGUGGGAGGAGAGUGAGAUCAAAUGGGCGUCUCGCUGGGACACAUAUCUGACCAUGAGCGAUGUUCAGAUCCACUGGUUUUCCAUCGUGAACUCUGUGGUGGUGGUGUUCUUCCUCUCUGGAAUACUCAGUAUGAUCAUCAUCAGGACUCUGAGGAAGGACAUCGCCAACUACAACAGAGAAGACGAUAUUGAGGACACAAUGGAGGAGUCUGGGUGGAAGAACGUUCAUGGAGACGUCUUCAGGCCGCCUCAGUAUCCCAUGAUCCUCAGCUCUCUCCUGGGCUCUGGGAUACAGCUCUUCUGCAUGAUCCUCAUCGUCAUCUUCGUGGCCAUGUUGGGGAUGCUGUCUCCGUCCAGUAGGGGCGCCCUCAUGACCACGUCCUGUUUCCUCUUCAUGUUUAUGGGUGUCUUUGGAGGGUACUUCGCUGGCCGUCUGUACCGCACACUGAAAGGACACAGGUGGAAGAAGGGAGCAUUCUGUACGGCGACGCUGUACCCCGCUGUGGUGUUUGGAAUCUGUUUUGUCCUGAACUGCUUCAUUUGGGGAGAGCACUCGUCAGGAGCGGUUCCCUUCACGACGAUGCUGGCUCUGCUCUGCAUGUGGUUUGGGAUCUCCAUGCCUCUGGUGUAUCUGGGAUAUUACUUUGGCUUCAGGAAACAGCCGUAUGAUAAUCCCGUCCGGACCAAUCAGAUUCCACGACAGGUGCCGGAGCAGCGAUGGUAUAUGAACAAGUUUGUGGGGAUUCUGAUGGCUGGGAUCCUGCCUUUUGGAGCCAUGUUCAUUGAGCUCUUCUUCAUUUUCAGUGCCAUCUGGGAGAACCAGUUCUAUUACCUGUUUGGGUUCCUGUUCCUGGUCUUCAUUAUUUUGGUGGUGUCCUGCUCUCAGAUUAGCAUCGUCAUGGUCUAUUUCCAGCUCUGUGCGGAGGAUUAUCGGUGGUGGUGGAGGACGUUCCUUGUUUCUGGAGGAUCCGCUUUUUAUGUUCUGAUUUAUGCCAUUUUCUACUUCGUCAACAAGUUGGACAUCGUAGAGUUCAUCCCUUCGCUCCUGUACUUUGGAUACACGGCUCUGAUGGUGCUUUCCUUCUGGCUGCUCACGGGAACGAUCGGCUUCUAUGCCGCGUACGUGUUCAUCCGGAAAAUCUACGCCGCGGUGAAGAUCGACUGAGCCCCUCCCCCUCUGCUGCCGAUCCCUCUUCGUUUUGUCAUUUCUGUUUUUUUAAUAAUAUAUUUUUUAUUCUGUCCUGUUUGUCGAGCACUGACUUGUCUUCGUUGUUGGGACAGCGAGAUGGUAGCGUCUCCGUUUUCUUUCUCCUCUUUUUGGACUGGUUGCUCUUGCACACAUUGGAAUAGGGCCAAAGCUUCGUAAACAAAAACAGUUCUGUGCAUUUUUUUUGUCUAUUUUGAGUAAAAGUUAUAAUUUAUCUUGGAGUUUUACUUUUGUCAUCACCGGAACUCAUUUUGAAGAAACUUUUCCUGAACUUACGGUCACUGUUUUUUGUCGUACAGGGGCACUACAUAACUUUUCUGAUUGUCUGGCACCUGCUGGUUUCCACGGAGAUGCUAUUGCUAUGCCUGGGACGUUUGGAAUGUUCCACAGUAUGACAUUAAAUGUGUUCAUCUAACGUUUUACUCGAUCACAGCUGUUUUUAUUGCUCAGUAAUGCCUGAAUGAAAAACAUGCAUUCUUACUGUCUCCUCCCCACAGAUCUGGCCUUCAUGCUUGUCUCUAUGGAAAUGGAUAAAAAGUUAAAUGCUAUACCAUGGAACAUUCCAGGCGAAGCUAUAACAUCUCCAUGGAGACGAGCAGGUGGCUGAUCGCCCUGCAGAAAAGUUACAUAGUGCGUCUUUAAAGCAGGGAAGAAUCAUGUUUUUUCCAACUGUUGUUAAAGUGAAUUGUAUUGAAUUAGAAUCAUGAUUUCAGUGUAAUAGUUUCAGUUCAUGAUCUUAAAUACAGAAUUCUGUGGUUGAGUUUCAUGUUUAACUGUCAAAAUGCAGAUGUUUUGACCUGGUUUACAGUUAAGAUCUUUAAUUUCUGGGCCUAUCCACAUGAAAUGAAAACUGGCACAAGAUGAACAUGGAGAGAGUUUGGAGCCUUCCCCUUUGAUACUUUGCAGGAGGUGUUCUACAUGUAUGUCUAUGGUGGAAAGUUCAGCAUUUACCAUGGCGACACAAUGCAAACAUUAACAAUAACUACCAAAAAAUGUGGUGGUCUGAAAACUCAAGAAAAAAACACAAAAUGGAUUUAAAGAGCACAUUUCCAGGAGCCUGUUAUCAAUCCGAGUGUUCAUGGUCCUGUUUAGGAGUUUGAUUUUCAACUAAAAGGUGAAAGUGACUAACUGAAAAACUGUUGGCUAAUGCUAGCUAGCUUGUGACUUGUUUAACAGCACAAAUCAGCUCACCUGUUGUGGUUCGAGCUAAGUCUUUAAGUUCUUUAUAGUCAGAUUGUGUUAAAACAAAACUGGGAUUAAAGUCUAACUUGAGUAACAGAACUUCAGACAGAGCAGUGCCUCCAGUUAGCUUCACCCUUCCCCUGGUAAUGCUGAUGACAUCAGCUCCAAAGUAUCUAUAGAGUUACACUGGCCUUUGCCCUCCACCUGAGAUUUUUAAAAACAUGAAUGGAACUUGUUCAGAUGCAGUGAAAAUGGCCUGUCUUUACUGUAACCUGGUAAACCAUUUUUGUAAAGAAAAUAUUACGUAAUUUUCCAAUGCAGCACUUUGAGAUUAUUCAUGUCAGAUUAUCAGAUUAUCGGUUAUUAUGUUCUUAAUGAGAAGCAGCACCGAACCCUCUGAAGCCACUUGGAGUUUAUGAAGUUGCUUUGUAAAGUUUUAAAAUAGCAAGUUUUCAAUUUUCCAUUUUAAAAAGGGGGUAUUGCAAAAACCCUUUUUUUGUAUUUUUCUCCCAUGUUUUACCACUGUUCCCUCAUCAAAAACAUGUCUGUAGAGGUUUUAGAUGUUUGAGUAAUCUAGCAAUCUCUCCUGGGCCUUAUUCAAACCCUCCUUACGGUUGGCAGUACGAGUCUACUUCACCCAUGCUCCCACAGGAUGAUUCUCCAUAAAUAUACAAAAACAUGAUUCAAAACACCAACUUGAAACUACUGCACAUCACAUCAGAUUUGUCAUUAGUGGGAUGCAGCUGAUUGUAUUGUGAUAGUGCUCUGAAGGGCGAGUGAUUUAGCACAGAGAGCAGAGGGAGGAUUGACAGUCAAAAACAACGUGAAAUUUAUAAACCAUGUUAACAUGUUGUUUUGGGUAAAUAUAGUAUUUACAAUAAAAGGAAACAUGGUGAUCUAAAUAUGUGUUACAGGUAACACCCCAUAGAAGUAAAAUACCCCCUCUUUAGAAAGAGUCGACACUGCAAAAAAUAACAUCUACAUGAGUGAAAAUUACUUGAAUUUAAGAUGAAAUAUUAAGUUUUGAUUCAAGGAAAUUUGUCACACGAUAACACAAAUUUCAAACUUGUUCAGUUCUUUAGACAAUAUACUGUGAUGUUCCACAUUAAAUGUUCAUAUCUUGAUUUCUUUUCCCAUGUGUCUCAUAUCUGUGUAAUCCUCAGUGUCCAGUAGGUUCAUACUGGUCCAUGGUGUAAACUCGUCUGUCUUAAACUUGUGAAAGACACAGCUCCACAUCAUUCUAAACAUGUUCAGGAAAGGUUCAUUUCUGUCCUGUUGAUUAAUACCAUACUGUGGAAUAUUCCAGACCAAUCAAUGAGAUUUCCAUGGAAACAAGUGGUUUACCCUCCAUCAGGCUUAAGUUAUGAGUCAAGUUUGUGGAGAGGCAAGCCUGCUCACAGUGAAGAUUGUAAAGAAUGUUUUUCAAGUUUGUUUUUUUUUUUUUUUUUUUUUUUGUUUUUUGGUGCAAUGAAAUUAGCCAUAAAGAAAUAAAUGUUUUAUUCUAGUCUUUGUUUUGGCUGAAAUGUUACACAGUGAGGCUUUAACUUAGAGAAAAGG